AUAAUAAUUUGUCUAAAAUAUAGAGGAGUGAAAUGUACGUCUCUAUUUUCCGUUUGUUGUAAAUAUCUUUGAAUGUCAAAAUCAGUUAUAUGCUUCAUCACUACAGGCACCUCCAUUUUCUCCCGGCACCUCCAUUUUCUCCUCCGCCGCCGCUAAUCGCCGGCCUCCUACACCUUCUCCUCCUCCUCUUCCAACAUGCUGUAUAUUAUCUGGAUUUCUCUCCUCGUAGCUCUCUCCCAUGAGCUCAGCGCUUCCGUCAACGCUCAGUCCACUGACGCGCUGCUCCUCCUGCCCACUCAUAACGACGCCGUCGUUGCUGGUCCCCGGUGCCCCACGGCGGACCCCAAUCUCAAUUUCCGACCGGUCAUCGGAAUUCUCAGCCACCCUGGCGACGGCGCCUCCGGGCGCCUCAGCAAUGCCACUAAUGCGUCUUACAUAGCUGCUUCUUAUGUGAAAUUUGUUGAAUCUGCUGGUGCCAGAGUCGUUCCCCUCAUAUACAAUGAACCUCCGGAGGUUCUGUACAAAAAACUCAGUUUGGUUAAUGGAGUAAUCUUCACCGGAGGGUCAUCCAAAACUGGUCUCUACUUUGAGGUUGUCACGUCGAUAUUUAAGGAUGUCCUGAGAAAGAAUGAUGCUGGAGAUCGUUUCCCUUUGCUUGCCAUCUGCUUAGGUUUUGAGCUUUUAACCAUGAUAGUGAGCAAGGACAACGACAUCCUUGAGAGAUUUAGUGCAUCAGAUCAAGCUUCAACACUCCAAUUCGUGGAAAACAUAGAUAUUACUGGAACUGUGUUUGAAAGAUUUCCUUCAGUUUUGCUGAAUAAGCUGAGUACGGAAUGCCUUGUGAUGCAAAAUCAUAAGUUUGGCAUAUCACCUGAAAAACUCCAGAAGACUAAGAGUCUUUCUAGCUUCUUUGAGAUCUUAACUACUACUGCAGAUAGUGAUGAUAAGGUCUAUGUUUCAACAGCCCAAGCACACAGAUAUCCGGUGACAGCUGUUCAGUGGCACCCAGAGAAAAAUGCUUUUGAGUGGGCCUCGUCAAGUAUUCCACAUUCAGAAGAUGCAAUUCAAGUCACUCAAAAUGUAGCCAAUUUUAUUGUAAGGGAGGCUAGAUUGUCUACGCAUAGACCGUCUGCCCAGGAAGUGCUCAACAACCUCAUCUAUAAUUAUAUUCCUACAUAUUGUGGAAAGGCUGGGACGGGGUUUGACGAGGUCUACAUUUUCAGCUAGUUCUGGCGAGAGUGCAAGUAUUGAGGUGUCCAUGAUUAUUCGAGGUUUGUUGCUGAAAGAGAUGCAGCCUACAGACAGCUAAGCUAUAUACGCCUUGCCUUAAGCAACGCCAAAACGGUCUGUAUUCUCUCAUCACCAUUGUAAAUUAUCAUUCACUUCCAUAUCUGGCUUGUUCUUGUCCGAAAUUAUGGUCAAUCAAAUGUCGGUUGGUCAAUCAAAUGUCGCACCAAUCUCUUACCCAUGCAUUCAAUGUGGAGGUUGUAAACAACAAAAUUUCCAUUCCAAUUUAAUAGUUAAAAUACAAAAGGUGUGUACAAAUUCAAAAUCAAAAUUAUGGAUUGAUAUGAAUUUAAGUGUGAGUUGCAA